AUGACCGAUUCGACCUACACCCGUCCACACUCUGCAUCACCAUCGCGAUCUGUCAACAGAAAACGUGCCGCUUCGACAUCUGAGAAGAAACAUCCCCUUGCAGGUAGGAGAACGCCAUCCGGAUCAAGUCAUAAGAACGAAGGUUACAGCGAGAACACCCAUCAGCGUGGAGGACUCUCAGGGGAUGUCGGGGGUAGAGCAUUAAAGGAGAAGGACAGUGGGAGGAAUACCCCAAUGAAUGGGUUGGAAAAAGCCCCAAGUCUGAAUGUAGAUAUUAGGAACUCACUUAUACUUCCUUCGCUGUCACAACGAUUCUCCGUCCUCCUCCCCUCGCUUUCUACCGCGCCAGAAGAAUCACUCCGAUCGCUCCUCGCAUCACAGCGAGCAAGACACCAUGGACCAGCGUUAACAGAGGAAGAGGAAGAGCUGCUCUUCGCGGAGAUGAGGGAUGCGGCUCAGGAGGAUCAAUGGGAUGGAAGACCACCUCAAAUGGAUGAGAAUUGGGCUAGAAGUGGAUUAGGCGUCAGCAAUAAGCCAACUCGUGCGGGAGGACUACCGUCAUCAGCAUCAUCGCCUUCAUUGCUCACCACGUCUACAUCCAGUCCCUCAGUCUUGUCUACUUCUGAUGACCGUGGUCAAAGUUAUGCGCCUUCAACUCCAGGAAGCUUUCUUGCAUCACCACCACCAACUUCCAAUUCCUUUUCAUCGUUCCAGACGUUUGGCGUCCGCUCUUCACCCGAUACUUCUACCAAUGCAGGGUUCAAGACCAAGUCGUAUGGAUUUAGUGGUGGAUCAGGUAUGAGAGAAGCGGAGUAUAUCAGGAAAGUUAAGAAAUCGUUCAGUCAUAAAGAUCUCAAAAAUGGUUCCGGCUUAGGUUCGCUCCCUUCAAGAAAAAGUGAACAUACACCCACAAGAGAAAACAUACCUCUACCACCUGCAAUCUCUCCCGAGAAAGCUAAUGCAUAUUAUCAACCUACGAAACGACCGGAAAGUCCAACUACUUCUGAGAAAACUGCUACGCCAACUUUGAUUUCCAUACCUAACAUCUCAUCGUCAUCGUUGCCUAGAUACAAGAAUGGUCACUCACCCUCCUCAUCGCUCAACCUGAACCCUCCUACACCUAAUUCUGCUGAGGACCAGAUGUUCGCUGGGAAACAGCAAAGAACGAGAAAGAGACAAUCUAGGUUAGACGGGCUAUCACCUGCUCAAGUAAAGCGAAUCUCUUUGGCUCUGCAAGAGAUUGGUGGUCAGCUGAAAAGAGGAAGUAUGACUGUUCAGGCUGUACCCGAAAGGGCGAAAGAGCAAUCAACCUCAGAAGAUGUGGAAGAAAUGCUAGAUCCAGAAUCGAGGAGAGUAUCUCAACUCGACACUGAAAAUGAGAGUAACAGGGCAAGGAGACCGUCGGAUCUUCGAUCUGAAGAUUCCUGUCAAUCUGCUACAUCUUCCGUGUUCCCGUUCCAGAUGUCACCUACCAAUAGCACUUUCACUGGCACUACGACGGAACCUUCAUCACCAUCAAGAUUACCUCCUUCACCUAGAACGCAUAACCUCCUCGCUCAUGUGGAAGAACCCCUCCCACCUAUACCUAUGCCAGUUUUCACACCUACCCGAAGUCAGCCUGUACGCCACCAACCAACAUUAUCCAACUCAUCGACUUCGACUGUUGCUCCCAAUCAACCGGUCUACAUUCCAGGUCAGCCGCGACCUAUCAGAUUGACUCACCAUUCUCAAUCUAGUGUGUCAUCCAGAUCAGCUACGCCCAGUAAUCAGUCGCCUCUUGACGCCAUCCGCACUGCUGUUUCUCCAGAUAACACCCCUUCUCCCAUCCAAGGUAUGCCUGCGAUAGCUGAACGAAGUACGUCCCUAGGACGUUCAAGAUCUGUCAAUCCAGCGCAAGUCACCCCUACCAAAUCCAUUUUGUCUGGGGAUUAUGAUGGCUCAAGCGGAUCUACGAAUGGCACAAGAAGGAGAGCCGGUACGAUAGGCGAUGCACCGAUGAAUCGAAGACUGUCUUCAUCGUUAUCGAGCCACCCUACCACACCCGAUAUCAUCGAAGAAGAAGCUGAGGAAACCCCUUCGGAUCGUGGUGAAUACUCAUCUGGUCCGCAAUCGAUCGAAGAGUUCGUACCUGAAGUGAAACAAGUCGUCGGUCGCCAUAGUGUAGCCAACUCGCGAACGACAUCGUCGAAUUCCAUCCAUCAAUUACACCAUAAUUUAGGCUGGGAACUUGCACCUGGUCAAGAACCGUUCGAAAGAUCCGUAUCGGCCCAAGGUACGAUUGACGAAUCUCCCAAUCCCACCCCGCCAGAAGCGAAUGAUGCGCCCCAGUCACCAACAAAUACUCUUCGACGCCAAACAUCUUCAACCUCGAUUAGCUCGAGUUUCUCUGAAGACGCGCCAGUCCCCGGCGAGAUCGUCUGGGCAAGCGUGUUCAAUAGUGAUUCUCCCAAUGGCUAUGAUGUCGGUUCCGAUGGUAUGGUCUCGCCUGAACCUUGCAAAGAAGCUGAGGUGCUUCGGAAGAUGAGUGGUAUGGGCAUGGAAGAAUUGAUGUUGUUACAAGAGAGAUUGGUCAUGAAAGCCAAAGCAGAGCGAGAAGCACUGAGAGGAGAUGUCGAGGAUAGUGCAUUCGUGCCAUAUUCCCCGCCUAUGUCGGCGGAAGCUUUCUCACCAAUUCAAAGAGCUAUGUCGCCCAUACUUCGCGCGACCUCUCCUGACCUUGCUAGACCGAUCAGUCCACCGCCCCCAUCAUCAUGGCGAUUCCCACCUGCAGAACUACCUCCACCUUCCUCUCAAAACACCACCCCUUCGCAAGACAAGAGCACACUACCAUCUUCUGUGGAUACCCAUAUUAUGACGCCGCCUCUCACCGGCAGCAGUACUGCUGCUUCGGUUUCUCGUUCUGGAUCAAAAUCCAAUCCAGUCAUGCUACCGACUCGACCUGCUCCACCACCACCUCCUCUACCCGCGGAAACCCCUUCAGAACAUGCUGAUGAUAUUCAAACACCUCCUUCUGGCGAUCUUUCUCGUGAAUCAUCAAAUCGAGCUCAUUUCCGUUUACCACUUGAACAAGAUCCAGAGAUACGAAAAGACUUUGAAGCUCGUAUCGCAGCUGCCACAGCGGCUCUGAAUCGUACCCCGUCGGUGUCAAAUAGCAAGCUAGAUAGGAAGUUCAGCAAGAAAGGCGGUCCAAUGGUCAUUUCAUCACCAAAACUAGUAUCUUCUACUGCUAAUGUACCUACCACACCUUUGACAGCUGAAAACCAAGUUGAACCGGGACUAGCUAAGAGUCUGGAGAAGUCGAGUGGAUCAGGUAGUAAGAUGAGUUUGAAGUGGAAGAAAUUCACAGGAUUAAGAGGUAAAGGACCCAGUUUCUCUGGUAACGAGGUCACGCCAUACCCACCGGCUCCUCAACAACCAGUUCAAAGCAAGCUAUCACCGAAUAAACAGCUUCAGCAGCAGCAACAACAGCAAAUACAACAGCAACAGAGCAAGCUGUCACCGAUACACAAUGUAGCAGUGGCUCAAGGUGGUUUACAAAGAUCUGUUUCUGCUUCGGUGGCCAAGAAACUUGAAGAUCCAAUCAGCCUUCGGGCGGAAUAUCAUCCUGAAGCUCCUCCUACAGCUCCACCCAACUUGGAUGCUUUCAUAUUUCCUCCGCCGCCUGAACGUGCGGCUCAUCCUACAACCUCUGCUCCACAACAGGAUGUACCUUCCCCGCCGAGCAGUCUAGGCCAUUCGAGCGGUCUCAAACAUGUCAUGAGCAAGAUGAAGCGGUCGAAAGAAAUCUCUCCUCCACCUCAACAAGCACAAGGUAGAUCUCAGAGCCCCAUUCCUGCUCAAACCGGAACUGUCAGCCCGUUACCUGCUAUCGAUGCCAUCACGAAACAGCCGCCACAACAUACGCCUACUUCAUCUGACGAAGACGCGAGAUACAAGUUCAUUGAAGCCGGAAGAGCUUUAGGUCUGACCGAAGAACAACUGAACGAUAUGUUAACUGCGAAAGGUAUGGCUGGUACUGCUUCAUCAGCGCCUGCUGUACCUUCACCGCUUUCUGCAACUCCUGUUGUAUCGGAUGAGAAAGUGGUCAAGCAUGAGAAAGAGAAGAAAGGCUUAUUCCGCUCAAUAUCCAAAGCACGCAGGGCUCAACCUUCCCCUACACCUAUAUCAGCACCUGUACCGAUUAGUGGAUUGGCACCUCCCGCGCCUGUUACUGAAUCGCUACCAGCUCAUAUACCUGAUAGAGUGGUCGUCAGGCGAACCAUGAUCUUACCAGAAGGACUCAAUAUAAUUCCAUCUACGCCGCAGACCACAUCUACCACACCGAAGAUACCAGAAUCACCAGACUCCUCCUCACUUCGACCUGGAAUCAACCCACAGCGUAAACAAUCUAUUCGACGUAAACCCCUGAAACUGAGUGAAGAAGAUCAUGAAUUGGUAUCCAACUCUCCCCCAGCCCAUCGAAGGAACUUCUCCUUCUCAAAUGCCUCUCUUGAUUCUUCUGGUACCAACACACCUACCAACCCAUCUUUCACACCUUCGCCGUCAAACUCUCAGAACCAAGUGCUAACGACUGGCACGGGAGCAGCGGAAUUACAUGGAUUGGGAUUCUUACAUCCGAAUAGCACCCCUCUCAAUAAGAAGUCUUCCGCACCAAGCUUGACCCCAAGUCCGGGUAAUUCGUCGACCGGAGGUGGAGACGACGAGUCCCAUGCGAGAUCAUCAACAGGAGGAAGUUUGAUCGAUAUGUACAGGAAUGAUGAUGAUGAAGAAUUGUUAGAGAGUCCCGAAAAGAAGACCUCGGCUACGUUCAGUCAUGAUGAUGAGGUCAUUGGUGGGCAUGCGAGGAGGGGGUCGGAAGAUGCCUUGGGCAGAGGAUCGCUAGAUAGGAGGAGGAUGACUCAGGCUGUGGAGAUUACUGAAUACGCAGAUGGCCAAGUGAUUUGGAAUAUAGUCGAUGCCUUGCGAACUUCAGUUACUGGAUCAGUCGAUGGCGAAGAAUAUACAUUCGAUACUCCCGGUGGACCACACUCUAGAUCCACUAGCUACUCUUCUAGCGUGAGAAAUUCGGUCAUACCUGAAGAUGAAGAUGUUUUCCAUGCUGCUGGCAAUAAUGCUGGAUGGCCUCAGGCUUUGGGUAAUGGCACCGCAGGCUUGAAUUUCAGGCAUAGAGAUAGGAAUGUACCCAAGAAACCUAGACCACCUACGGAUGUUUAUUUCACUUCCCAUGCUGAUGUAGCCGAUCUGAUUGACCACUUAUCUCGUGACCUCGAUGCUUCUCACGGUCGUAUCGACAUCAUCUCUCAUCCCACCUCUGACAGCAGCGAUUGGCCGCAUUCCAACAAUUCUCCAUUCGGUUUCCAAGAUUCCGCCACUACGACCAUACCUACUACACCUGAACGAGUCCAACGAAGACCAAGUCAAACUAAGUCUCCGGCCCACUCACAAUUUGAAGAUGCCCCUUCACCUGCACAAGUCUCACUUCGACCAGCUAUGAGUCCAGUCAAAGCAGACCAAUAUCAUAAUAGUGGCAAUAUGGUUGAGAAUCUUAGUCCUGGCCCUCAAAGACAGCUGUUCAGUGAAGCUAACUCGAGAGGUCAAAGUUACAUUUCGACUGGCGGUUCAGCAGUUGGAUUUAGUCCGUCAAGUAAGAGUUUUGCAAGUUCCGUUUCGGGUCAGGGUAAAUCGGUAGAAGAUAGGUUACAGGCGUUACUGGAUAGAUUGAAAGGUGAUGGCAUUGGUAGGACGCGAUUGUAA